AUAAGUAUACAGAAUAAGAAAGCAGACAACGUGUUUAUAUACACGCACCUUACGAUUAUUAAAAUAAUAAUAAUUUCCAAUUAUAAUUGUAAUAAGUUUUGGUAAUGCUGAUUCGUAUCUAUAUCAAUUUUAAAUUCCAUGUACUUAAAAUUUCAUGUAUAGAAAAAAACAUCUUAUAAUAUAUAGAAAAAUAUAUAUAGAUAUAUAUUAAAUUUUGCUAUUUAGUUUACGUAAUGGCUGCAUUCGGUGGAUUUGUUGAAUUUUUCCAAAAAGGAAAAGUCAAUACUUUCAGACCGAACAAAAAGUUUGCCCAUGGAACAUUGCGUUAUUCAUUGUACAAACAAGCCCAGGCAUCACUCAAUUCUGGUAUUAAUUUACGUGAUGCAGUAAAAUUGCCACCCGGUGAAGACCUCAAUGAUUGGAUUGCAGUGCAUGAUUUCUUCAACCGAAUAAAUCUUAUUUGUGGCACAAUUUCUGAAUACUGUGACUCGACGAGUUGCCCAACAAUGAGUGGAGGAGCUAGGUUUGAGUACCUUUGGGCUGACGGUGCCAAGUACAAAAAACCAACAGCUUUACCAGCACCGCAAUAUGUCAGUUUACUUCUUGAUUGGAUCGAGUCACAAAUUAACAAUGAGAAUAUUUUUCCAGUGUCAACAAAUGUACCAUUUCCAAAGACAUUCAUACCAUUGAGUAGAAAAAUAUUGACACGGUUAUUUCGUGUGUUUGUUCAUGUUUAUAUUCAUCAUUUCGAUCGAAUAGUUGCUAUUGGAGCAGAAGCUCAUGUCAACACCUGUUACAAACAUUUUUACUAUUUUGUAACGGAAUUCGAGUUAAUUAACAUAAAGGAAUUAGAACCACUGAAAGAAAUGACACUACGAGUAUGCAAAGACAAUCCAACAAGUAAUUCGCAACAGGGAUCUAAUGGCCAGAGGUAGUUGGCAUCGACCUAUCAUUUUUCAUCUUAGAUUAUAAAAAACUUAAUAGCUGUUGCAACAUUUUCAUUGUUUUUUUUUUUUAAUUUUAAAUAUAGUUUCGCUUAUUUAUUGUUCUCCCGUUACCUUAAAUUGUCUCAUCUUUUUUUCUAGUCAUCUGGAUUAUCUACUCGCUACAUUUAAAAAAAGAAUAAACACAUAAGCAUUAUUAUAUACCUAUAUAAUUUAUAUUUACAGAAAAAUUUGUGUAAACGAGAUAUA